AUGGCUCUGGCAAGAGUUAAAUAUAUCUUCCAGAUCUUUACCUUCCACCUUCUGAUCCAACGUCCCCAAGAAACUUGGAAUCAAUGGGGAGAAAAAGUUGAGAAGAAUAAAAAAUUUGAUUGAUUUUAUUGUAUAUAAAUUUCAAUUAAGAUGGAAUCAAAGAGAAAAUUUUGUUAUUUUUGAAAAAAAAUUUUCUGUUCUCUCAGCUUUUUGUGGCGUCUACGCGAAGCUUAUGAAAAUCUUAGACAUUACAAAAGACAGAGAAAAACGAUUGGUCGGUUUUCCUUCCAUUUCUCUGCAAACCCACCAAAAGUUUCUCUGCGCUUUCUCGCCUGCAUUUUCCCGGAAAAAAUUUUGAAGCUUCAUAUGGAAAACUCAAUCCCCAGAUAAGUUUUCUGCUGUCUUUUAUGUUUUCAUGGGAGAUAAAGCUUUAAAAAGCGUGUUCUUCUUUUUUAGUUGAUUUAGGGCCCUGUUCGUUUCUCUCUAAAUUGGGAUUUGUUUGUUCUUUCAUAAGCAAAUGACGCAUCCCGAUUUGGAGAGGUAAAAAAAAAAAAAAAAAAAAAAUUCAGGUUCUUCUUCCGCUUAUGAAUUUUGGUGUUCUUCAUCCAUGUUGGUUGGUAUGCUGAGAGAACAAGAUAUUUGGAAGCUAAAGGAAUAAAAAGUGGGAUUUUGAAGUGGUUUUUGUGAGAAUUCACUGCAAAUUUGAGAGUUCCUGUUCAAUUGGUUUGAGAGUUUUUUUAUGGGUUUUGGUGUGGUUUGUUUUCUGGUUUACCUCAUGAACAAUUACAUUGGGUGCUGAAUAUACUCCUUAAAAAGAGGAACUUUUGAGAAAGGAAUUGAUGGUUUGUGUUUCUUGCCAAUUUAGCUGAGGUUUUAUGUAUAUAAGACUCCUGAGAAAGGAUGGUGUAUCUUAUAUGAGAACUUGGUCUUGAUUGGCCAGGUUGUCUUUGGUUUCUGAAGGGUUUAAUUGAAUCUGAGUUAAGUGAUUUGGUUUGAGGGUUGAGUGUAUAAUAAUCAGCUGGUUUAUUGUGGUUUCAAUUGUUUUGUUCUGCCAUGGGGAAGCAAAGUGGAAAGAAGAAGAAGCAGACUGGAGAGCAAUCUAGUGAUGGUAAUAUGAAGCAAAGCAAAGUUGGGGAUAAUAGCCCAAGAGCAUAUGACAAGGAUACUGCAGUUUUUAUUUCCAUGGCCCAAGAAUCAAAGGAUGAGGGUAACAAGAUGUUUCAAAAGAGGGACUAUGAAGGUGCUAUGAUGAAAUAUGAGAAAGCCAUCAAAUUGCUUCCAAGGAACCAUAUAGAUGUAUCAUAUCUUCGGAGUAACAUGGCUGCAUGUUAUAUGCAGCUGGGUCUGAGUGAGUACCCUAGGGCAAUCCAUGAGUGCAAUUUGGCUCUAGAAGUGACACCCAAGUAUAGUAAAGCAUUGAUAAAGAGGGCGAGAUGCUAUGAAGCUUUGAAUAGAUUGGAUUUGGCUCUGAGAGAUGUUAGUACAGUUUUGAAAGUGGAGCCAAAUAACUUAAUGGCCUUGGAGAUCUCAGAAAGGGUAAAGCAGACACUAGAGAAUAAAGGGUUAAGGGUGAAUGACACGGUGAUAGAAUUGCCUCCGGAGUAUGUUGAACCUCUUAGUGCUUUGCCUGCGCUAGAAGUUGUGAAAGAAAAGACAAAGAGGAAGAAGAAGAAAAACAAUGUUGGAGAGAAGAAGGUUGUGGAUGACAUUGUGAAGAAGAAGGCUGAGGAUGAGGCUGUGGAGAAAAGGGCCGGGGAUGAGCUUGUGGAGAAAAGGGCCGGGGAUGAGGUUGUGGAGAAGAAGGCUGCAGACAGGGUUGUUGAGAAGAAGGCUGGACAGAAAAUUAAGAAGAAAGAGGUUGAAGAAAACAUGGAGGAGAAGAAGGCUGAGGAUAAGAUUGUUGUGGAGGAGAAAAUCAGUAGUAAAAAUGUUGAAGAAUGUAAGAAGACUGUGAAAUUGGUCUUUGGAGAGGAUAUUCGAUGGGCUGAGUUGCCUCUUAAUUGCAGCCUUCUUCAACUAAGGGAAGUUAUUCAUGAUCGAUUUCCAAGCUCGAGAGCACUUCUCAUUAAGUACAGGGACCAAGAAGGUGAUUUGGUCACAAUCACCAGGGAUGAAGAACUGAGAUGGGCUGAAGCAGCAGUAGAGUCACCGGGUUCUCUUCGGCUGUAUAUAGUAGAAGUUAAUCCUCAGCAAGAUCCAUUUUUUGAGAGGCUUAGGAAUGAGGUACCUAUUCAUCAUAUUCAACAAAAGAAUGUAACCCUGAAUGGGGAUAUAGGCAAUGCUAAGGGAACAGGAAAAGGUUCAUACUAUAUUGAUGAGUGGAUAGUUGAGUUUGCUCAGCUAUUUAAGAACCAUGUUGGAUUUGAUUCCGAUAAAUAUCUGAAUCUUCAUGAACUAGGUAUCAAAGUAUAUUCUGAGGCCAUGGAGGAGACAGUUACUAGUGAAGAAGCACAAGACCUUUUCAACAGAGCAGCUGAGAAGUUCCAAGAAAUGGCAGCGUUAGCAUUUUUCAAUUGGGGAAAUGUUCACAUGUCUAGAGCCAGGAAGAAGUUGAGCUUUCCAGAAGAUGCUUCAAGAGAGUUUGUACGUGAACAGAUAAAAACAGCAUAUGACUGGGCUCAAAGAGAAUAUACAAAAGCAGGGCAGAUAUAUGAAGAAGCACUGAGAAUCAAACCAGAUUUCUAUGAAGCCCUUCUAGCCCUGGGUCAGCAGCAGUUUGAGCAGGCUAAACUUUCAUGGUAUUAUGCACUUGGUACCCAUGUCGAUUUGGAAACAUGGCCUUCUACACAGGUCCUACAACUAUAUAACAAUGCUGAGGAAAACAUAGACAAGGGCAUGCAGAUGUGGGAAGAGUUGGAAGGGCAGCAGUUGAAUGAAAUUUCUAGAUUAAAGAAGGAUAAAUCCCUAUCACAGAAAAGACAAUUUGAUAGUUUAUUUGAAGAUACAACAGCUGCAGAUGAAACGUCAGAAGAGGUUGGUAACAUGAAGUCCCAGAUAAACCUCUUGUGGGGGACCAUACUUUACGAACGGUCCAUUAUGGAAUACAAACUAGGUCUACCAGUCUGGCAAGAAUGCUUGGAAGUUGCAGUGAAGUUUGAGCUUGCUGGAGCUUCUCCAACAGAUAUUGCUGUCAUGAUAAAGAAUCACUGCUCUAAUAACCAUGCUCUACAAGGUUUGAGUUUUAGAAUUGACGAGAUAGUACAGGCAUGGAAUGAGAUGUGUGAAGCCAAAAAGUGGAAACCUGGGGUUCCAUCAUUUCGACUUGAACCAUUACUUCGUCGGAGAGUUUCAAAACUUUAUCAUGCAUUAGAGAACGCAUGAGUUACUUUCGGGGGUAACUAGUGGUACAAAUACUCACUUUUAGAGCAUCAGGGUCAAAGGAACAUACUCUUGCUUUCUGAGGUUUCUUGUCAUUUAAACUUUGUAGUUUCAGUUUCAGUUUUGUAAAGUUCUGUAGAAGAAGGAGAUGGAUGCUUGGUAGUUUUGAAGCUUAAAAACUGUUGUAAUAGUUCUGACAAGAGGGGUUCAGUUAGUACUUCAUGAGGGGUAGGAGGAGAUGAUGAAGCAGCUGGAACUCACCUUUUUUGUCAGUUCCUGAACUUCAUUGGUUACCUCAUCCCUCACCCUCUACACUUUCAGGUGAAAAAAGCAAACAGAUUGUCAUAGUUGUAAUUCAUUCCUUUGGUAGUUAUAAUAAUAUACUGCUUGUUUUUCUUUUCUUGA